AUGGGGAACCUGCAGAGUAAGCUCGGCUUCCACACCGCCAAAUACAGGGCCGGUGGCUCCGCGGAAGAGACGGGACCUGUUCGAGCCGUCCAGCAGCACGGCCCCGUGCACGCCGACGCCGUCACAUCCGUGGCUGCGCUGGAGCCAGACCUGUGCGUGUCGGGAGGAAGGGAUAAGAGCGUGGCUGUGUGCCGCUGGAGAUCCGGGGCCAUGCUGCGGCGGUUCGGCGGGCACGAGCGGGAGGUCACCAAGGUCGCCUCUGCCCUUGACUCCAGCAGAGUCUUCAGUGCAUCCCGGGACAAGACGGUGCUGAUGUGGGAGCUUCACGGGACUCCGGGGCCAAGGCAGCGCUUCCCAGGCCAUGACCUGGUUGUCACCGGACUGGCUGUGAGCCCGGAUGGCUCCCAGCUGUGCACGGGAUCACGAGACAACACCGUGUGCAAGUGGGACGUGGAGACCGGAGAGCGUCUGGGCAGAGCCGCUAUCUCCAGGAAUCUGGUCACGCAUCUGUGCUGGGUCCCCGGGGAGCCGUACGUCGUCCAGACGUCGGAGGAUAAAACGAUCAGGAUCUGGGACAGCCGGGAGCUGCGGGUGGCACACACGUUCCCAGCCAAACGGCACAUUCAGACGUGCUGCGACGUGAGCCGGGACGGGUGGCUCUGCCUCAGCAGCAGCACCGGCUCCGCUGGCGAGGGCGGCGAGGCAACCCUGUGGGACCUGCGGCAGACAAGGAGCCGGCUGCGCGAGUACAGAGGGCACUUCCAGACCACGACCUCGUGCGUCUUCCUCCCGCGGGGCCCGGCGCUGGCCCCCAGCAUCGCCACGUCCUCGUACGACAGCACGGUGAAGCUCUGGGACCGAGACACUGGAGCCUGCCUGGCCACCUUGUGCCUCGGGGGAUCGGGACCGCUGGCCUCGCUGGCCGUCUGCGACAGCUCCACGCUGCUCUGUGCCAGCUCCGGCUCGGGGAUUCACGUCCUGCGGACCAGGGGCCGCGCCGAGGCGCUGGAGGAGGUGGCAGCGUUCUGA